AUGCAGGCGUCGCAGGAAAAAGUAGAGGCAGUCAGAUCAUGGCCUACGCUGAAGACUCCAACAGAAGUCAGAGGCUUCCUCGGCCGGACCUCCUACUACCGCCGCCUCAUCCUCCACUUUGCGGAGCUAGCAUGCCCCCUCCAUCGGUUGACCGAAGAGGGUCGCUCAUUCACAUGGGUCAACGAUUGUCAACAGGCCUUCGAUGAGUUAAAAGCAAAACUCAUUUCGGCACCGAUAUUGAUGCUACCCGACACGAUUCCUGAGGCUCCCCCCUUCAUACUCGAUAGCGACGCCAGUGGAUUCGCGAUGGGGGGCGUACUCUCGCAAGCCGACGAGACAGGGGCCGAGCGACCGAUUUGCUUCGCGAGCAAAACCCUAUCGAAGCCCGAGCGAAACUACUGCACCUACCGACGAGAAUUGUUAGCGCUGAUUACAUUUAUCAAACAGUUCAAACCAUUCUUAGUGGGAAAGCAUUUCAUUGUCCGCACCGAGCACAAGGCUUUACAGUGGUUACAACAUAUGAAAGAAGCCGAAGGCCAGCUUGCGAGAUGGCAGGAAUUACUACAGGGAUUCGACUUCACUUGUCAGUAUCCACGAGGCGGCCAACACGCCAACGCGGACGCCCUUUCUCGCCGCCCAAGUGAGGCCGGCACAGCAGACACAGAAGUAACGGACGAACACAUAGCGGCGGUGACAAUCAGCGAAUCCACUCGUUAUCAUUGGGCAGUUGCACAAAGUACCGACCCGGAUACGGCAAUAAUUUACGACCACCAGUUGCAUGGUCGACACAGACCAACAGAGGUCGAACUCCGCGGCACCUCGGAGAUUGCCCCCCUCUUGUGCCAGCAAUGGGCCAACCUGUUCGUUGAGAAUGAACUACUUUUCUUUAAAGACGCAGGAUCCACCAUCCGCGGCUAG